GCACGGCAGCUGCGGCCGGCCGCCAUCUUCCCUCCCGAGGCGGCUGCUCCCGGAGCGGGCGUAGGGUACGCGGCCCGCCGGGCGCUCCAGGCCGCGGCCGCAGCAGCGGGAGGCGUGGAUGAGGAGCGGCGAGGUAGGGCCGCCCCUCCGUUGUCGCCGCCCCUGCGCCCCGGGCAGGGCCGGGAGGGCAGAGCGCGGCGCGGGUACGGUCGCCUCCGGCCGCCGCCUGGUCGCGCUGCUCCUGGCCGGGCGGGCUCCGAGAGCCGACACCCCGCCCGGCUGCUCGGCCGGGCGCUCCCCGAUGGGAUAAGCUGUAAAGAUGUUCAGCUUUGAAGGGGACUUCAAGACGCGGCCCAAGGUGUCCCUCGGCGGCGCGAGUCGGAAGGAAGAAAAGGCUUCUCUUUUACAUCGUACUCAGGAAGAAAGAAGAAAGAGAGAGGAAGAAAGGCGAAGACUGAAAAAUGCAGUAAUUAUCCAGUCAUUUAUUCGAGGCUACAGAGAUAGAAAACAGCAAUAUUCCGUCCAAAGGAGUGCGUUUGAUCGCUGUGCUCACCUGUCACAGUCUGGUGGCACUUUUCCUAUUGCUAAUGGUCCUAACCUUACCCUUUUGGUAAGGCAGCUUCUGUUUUUUUACAAACAAGAUGAAGACUCAAAACGUUUGAUAUGGCUGUAUCAGAACUUAAUUAAACACAGUGCACUGUUUGUGAAGCAGUUGGAUGGAUCGGAGAGACUUACAUGCUUAUUUCAAAUCAAAAGGUUGAUGAGCCUCUGUUGCAGGUUGCUGCAAAACUGUAAUGAUGACAGUUUGAAUGUUGCACUUCCAAUGAGAAUGCUGGAGGUGUUUUCAUCUGAGACUACUUACUUGCCUGUUUUACAAGAUGCUAGCUACGUGGUGUCAGUAAUUGAACAAAUUUUGCACUACAUGAUUCAAAAUGGGUAUUAUAGGUCUCUCUAUUUGUUGAUUAACAGCAAACUUCCAUCAAGUAUUGAAUAUUCUGAUUUAUCUCGAGUUCCUAUAGCAAAAACUUUGCUAGAGAAUGUUCUAAAACCAUUGCACUUUACUUACAACUCCUGUCCCGAAGGUGCAAGACAACAAGUUUUUAAGGCCUUCACAGAGGAGUUUGUAGCAGCACCUUUUACAGAUCAGAUCUUUCAUUUCAUCAUUCCGGCGUUAGCAGACGUGCAGACCAGCUUCCCUUACGAGCCCUUUCUCAGUGCACUGUUGUUAGCAGAGAGGAGGUGUUCACAGAGGAGUGGUGGAGCACCAUGGCUUUUCUAUUUUGUUUUAACUGUUGGUGAAAAUUACUUGGGGGCUCUCUCUGAAGAAGGCCUGCUGGAAUAUUUACGGGUGCUCCAGACCUUUCUUCCUCAGUUACCAGUCUCACCUGCCAGCGCCAGCUGUCAAGACUCAGCCAGUGACUCUGAGGAGGAGAGUGAAGAAGCCAAGAAGCCGACGAGCCCUGAGGAUGGUAGACUAUCAGUACCAUACAUCACAGAGGAAUGUCUCAAAAAGUUGGAUACCAAGCAGCAGACCAACACGCUAUUGAACCUGGUGUGGAGGGACUCGGCCAGUGAGGACGUGUUCACCGGGAUGGCCUCCGUGUGCCACACACUCAUGGUGCAGCGCCGCAUGAUGGUGCCCAGAGUCAGGCUCCUCUAUAGUUUAGCCUUCAAUGCCCGGUUUCUGAGGCAUCUUUGGUUUCUGAUAUCUUCCAUGACCACGCGGAUGAUCACCGGGUCUCUGGUGCCAUUGCUGCAGGUGAUAUCCAGGGGCUCUCCUAUGUCUUUUGAGGAUUCUGGUCGCAUCAUCCCACUGUUUUACCUUUUUAGCUCCUUGUUUAGCCAUUCGCUAAUUUCCAUACAUGAUAAUGAAUUCUUCGGUGAUCCCAUAGAAGUUGUAGGUCAGAGACAAUCAUCGAUGAUGCCUUUCACUUUGGAGGAACUGGUGGUGCUGUCCCGGUGCCUGCGGGAUGCCUGCCUGGGCAUCAUCAAGCUGGCCUACCCGGAGACAAAGCCGGAGGUGCGGGAAGAGUACAUCAUAGCGUUUCAGAGUGUCGGAGUCACCACCAGCUCUGAGAUGCAGCAGUGUAUACAGAUGGAGCAGAAACGGUGGAUUCAGUUAUUUAAGGUUAUCACCAAUCUAGUGAAAAUGUUGAAGUCCAGAGACACGAGGAGAAAUUUUUGUCCUCCAAAUCACUGGCUGUCAGAACAAGAAGAUAUUAAAGCAGAUAAGGUCACUCAGCUCUACGUGCCGGCGUCCAGACACGCGUGGAGGUUCCGCCGCAUGGGAAGGAUAGGCCCGCUGCAGUCGACCCUGGAUGUGGGUUUGGAGUCCCCACCACUGUCGGUAUCUGAGGAAAGACAGCUCGCCAUCCUAACAGAGUUGCCUUUUGUGGUUCCAUUUGAGGAGCGAGUAAAGAUUUUUCAGAAGUUGAUUUAUGCAGAUAAGCAAGAAGUUCAAGGAGAUGGUCCAUUUCUGGAUGGAAUUAAUGUUACAAUAAGAAGAAAUUAUAUUUAUGAAGAUGCUUAUGACAAGCUUUCUCCAGAAAAUGAGCCUGACUUGAAAAAGCGCAUCCGCGUGCACCUGCUCAAUGCCCACGGGCUGGACGAAGCUGGUAUCGAUGGUGGCGGCAUUUUCAGAGAGUUUUUAAAUGAACUACUGAAAUCAGGAUUUAACCCCAACCAGGGUUUCUUUAAGACUACUAAUGAAGGGCUUCUGUACCCUAACCCAGCUGCUCAGAUGCUUGUGGGAGAUUCUUUUGCCAGACAUUACUACUUCCUGGGCAGAAUGCUUGGAAAGGCUCUCUACGAGAACAUGCUGGUGGAGCUGCCCUUUGCAGGCUUCUUCCUCUCCAAGCUGCUGGGGACCAGUGCUGAUGUGGACAUUCAUCACUUGGCCUCCUUAGAUCCUGAAGUCUAUAAGAACUUGCUGUUUCUCAAGAGCUAUGAAGAUGAUGUGGAGGAGCUUGGGCUGAACUUCACUGUGGUGAACAAUGACCUGGGAGAGGCACAGGUAGUUGAACUAAAAUUUGGUGGGAAAGACAUUCCUGUCACCAGUGCCAACCGGAUUGCGUACAUCCACCUGGUGGCCGACUACAGGCUGAACAAGCAGAUCCGCCCGCACUGCCUGGCCUUCAGACAGGGCCUGGCCAACGUUGUCAACCUCGAGUGGCUCCGCAUGUUUGAUCAGCAGGAGAUUCAGGUAUUAAUUUCUGGUGCACAAGUUCCCAUAAGUCUGGAGGACCUCAAGUCCUUCACAAACUAUUCAGGAGGCUAUUCUGCUGAUCACCCUGUCAUUAAGAUCUUCUGGAGAGUGGUAGAAGGUUUCACUGAUGAAGAAAAACGCAAAUUGCUCAAGUUUGUAACGAGCUGUUCUCGACCUCCUCUCUUGGGGUUUAAGGAGCUGUACCCUGCCUUCUGCAUCCACAAUGGUGGCUCUGACCUGGAGCGGCUCCCCACGGCCAGCACCUGCAUGAACCUGCUGAAGCUCCCCGAGUUCUACGACGAGGUGCUGCUGCGGAGCAAGCUCCUCUACGCUAUCGAGUGCGCUGCUGGCUUUGAGCUGAGCUGAGCUCACUGGCGCUGGGAUCUGGCCCUCUGCAGAGAGACCCGCAGCGCCUCCGCCCGUGAGGAUGCACAGGCUGGACGCCCGUGGCGCUCCCAAGCUCCUUCCUUCAUUCUGGCAUUCCUCACUUCCUUCAUUUUUGAAAUAAUUUUUAUUACGACAUGGUCACUUAUUUAGAUGAACAUUGCUUUUCCAAUAACUUAAAAUAACAAAUGUUAUGUGCCAGGUGGCUAAUUUAGUAAUUUUGCCAAGAAGAGCACAGUUUUUAGAGUAGGAGCGACUCGAUGAAAUUAACCAAAGAUGAAGCUUUGGCUUUGCUGAUAAGAUCAGAGCCCUCCUGAGCAGGCUCACGCUGUUCCAGGGCUCAGACUGGGCUGCGGGGUGGCAGAGAUACAGGGUCCACAGGGCUGAAACGCCGACUUCCAGGAGGCCGCUGCUUCUCGUGUGGUUGGAUUGUUUACAAGCCUAAUUGUUAAAAAUAAAGGCAUUCUUUUUCCUGCUGCCUUUUCCCAAAGUGGUUAGGUUUGGAAGACAGAUGACAAUGGUAAUAUUUUAUUUGUGCUUCUUAAGCCAUUUCCCUGACGCGAGACUAGCAUGCUGUUUGCAGUGCGCCACUGACCUGCAUCAGGAGGGCUUAGAUGUUACUUUCUGGGCAUGAGCAAGGGGUCUUUGUCAGCUUUGUGCCUGGAGAGCUUUCAGGGCAGGUGGAGGAGGAGGGUCAGCCCAGCUCCUACGGCAUCCGUGUCACCCACAAUACCCAGGGACUUGUGGGAGGACAGACACUGUCGUGUCUAUUAAAGUCAUUUGAACCAAAGUGACGGCUGCAUCUUUGUUCCAGUGCCUGCUGUGGCCAGGUCUUUAUGUCACGCACUCUCCCCUGCCCUGGCUGCACUGCCAGUCUUCCUGGAGACCUUGGGGUAACUUGCCGGGCUUCGGCACACUCUCUUCCUGGUGCUUUGACACGAAGGUGGGACAGUCCCUGGUGCGUGUCCUGGGAGGAAGAGCGCCGAGUGGUUCUUGUAAUAAGGCACUUUAUCAGGACCUGACUUAUUGCUGGGUGAUUUUAGUAUCUAGAAACAAAAUGUUGCAAAGCAUCAGCUGUCGGGACUGAGUGGCUCUGCUGAUGGCUUAGCGGGUGUCUGAUCCUUACUCAUCUCUCUGUGUCUGGUAUUUCACUGUCACUGGAGGCUCUGGGCUGUCAUAGUUGAUUGACCAUAAUUAGCAAUAUACUUCUCAAUGUGGGAAAACCGAACGACACUUUUAAGACAAUGACCAUUAUCAAAACAAAAUGUGUAAUUUCGGAAUUUGAAUAAUAAAUUAAGUGUUUAAAUACUAUUUGUAGUCUUGAUAUACAGAAAUAAAGUAAUUAGGGUUUAUCUUUGACUUUAUUUUUACUUCAGGUUGGUUUAUGUUGACUGUUCAAUAUCUUCUUAGUUUGUAUAUUUUAUUAUCAAUAUUUUAGAAAUGGAAUAUCUGGGACUGCAAGGAAAUAGGCAGUUACACUUAUGUGUGUUUUUUCCUCAACUAUUCUGAGCUUAUUUAUUUAUUUGUAUGUUCUAAUGGCUAAAUAUUUGCAUUAAAUGUUUUUUUCCC